CUCCCCUUUUUUUUUUUUUUUUUAUUUGCCUCUAAUUUCUCAUGCAUAUUUCUUUUUCUUCAAAAAGAACUCAGACCCUCCAAAGUCCAAACACAAACAGUACACCUUUUGGAACGACGACGUUCCAAAUCUGGGUCUCUUCGAACGCUUCUCUGGAGACGAAAGCCGCCGGUGGGUAUAGACGAGGAACUUAUUGGACCACCAUGGUUCCGAUCUUUAACUGCAAGAGUGAAGGAUCUCACGGACAGGAUUCAAGGCGGCCGAGUUCUUACCAGGAAUGCUAAUUAAGCUACCAUUGUCCACAUAUUAAGUAACACCAAAUUUCAAGACUAUGAUUAAGCCAGUCAAGUUCUUUCCUGACAAGCUCGACCAAGAAGCUUGGAUUAUGCAUCAAUGGGUCAUCCAACGUCAGCAAAGCCAGUGGUGGAUGGAGAAUGGUGAUUGGUGUUUAUGGCCACUCUGAUGUCCUGAAUUUGUUGUUCGCAACUGGUAUUUGGUGUACUGCUUAUAUUGUUGCAGUUAUUGCAUCUUUAGGGAAGCUUCAACUUUAUCUGUCUGUUUUCAUUUAGUUAGUUUAGUGGGUAAUCUUUGCCCCCAUGGAUUGCCGGUGGCGGCGGCUACUGAUCAUAACCAAAGGAAAUACAUUUCCAUCUCUGUUGUUGCACCUUCAAACUCAAACCUUUGGGAGUCUUCGCAUCCCUACCUCAGCCAUGAACUUCCCAACUCCAAUGCUUCAACCCCUUCUCCCCUAUUUUGCUUUUAAGGCCCCACAGUUUCGUUGCUUCUACUCCUUGGCUCGUGAAGCUACAACUUACACUGAAAUGUUCACUAUCCUUGAAACCGUUGAUCCAAUGGAAGAUGCACUUGAAAACAUUCUCCCCCGUCUCUCCCCUGAACUUGUCACCUCUGUCAUCCAAGACCAGCCAAACCAGUUAUUAGGUUUUCGGUUCUUCAUAUGGGCAGUCAAGAGGAAGAGGCUUCACAAUCGGGUGUCCCAUAAUCUGGUCAUAGACAUGCUUAUGAAGGAUUCUGGUUUUGAGUUGUACUGGAAGACUCUUGAACAGCUAAGAGAAUGCAAGCUUUCGAUUCCGUCCCAUGCUUUUUUGGUGCUGAUCAAGGGAUAUGCGAAACUGGGCAUGGCUGAAAAGGCUGUGGAAUCGUUUUGCCGAAUGAAAGAUUUUAAUUGCGAGCCCAGUGGUAUUAUCUACAAUAUAAUACUGUAUGUAAUGGUGCAAAAACAGGUGGUCUUGCUAGCAUUAGCGGUCUAUAACCAGAUGUUGAAGUCGAGUUGUUCUCCAGAUAUAGCUACCUUUAACAUCCUAAUUGACGGGUUAUGCAAAUCUAGGAAGAUUGAUGACGCGCUCAAAAUGUUGGAUGAAAUGGAGCAGAGAGGUAUAACUCCUAGCGAGAUCACUUAUACCAUUGUUAUUUCUGGGCUAUGCAAGGCAAAGAGAAUCAAUGAGGCACAUAGACUGUUUAUGAAGGCAAAAGAGUGCAAUCAUGGUUUCAUCAUUUAUAAUGCUUUGCUUGAUGGAUAUUGUAAGUUAGGUAGGAUUAAUGAAGCAUAUGCUCUCUUGUGUUCAUUUCAGAAGGAUGGAUAUGUUAUUGGACUCAAGGGGUACAGUUGUUUAAUUGAUAGCUUAUUUAAAGCUGGGAGGUAUGAUGAAGCACAUGGUUGUUAUAGAAAAAUGGUUGAGGAGGGAAUUAAGCUGGAUACUGUCUUUUAUACCAUAAUGAUUCAGGGCUUAUUAAAAAUGGGCAGAACUAAUGAUGCUUUGGAAUUGUUGGAUGAGAUGACAGACAGAGGAUUGACUCCAGAUACUUACUGUUACAAUGCUGUGAUUAAAGGAUUGUGUGAUUUGGGUCUUUUGGAUAAAGCUCAGUCUCUUCAUCUUCAGAUUUCAAAGCAAGAUCGCUUCCCUGAUGCAUUCACUUAUACUAUUCUCAUUUGUGGUAUGUGCAGAAAUGGGCUAGUUGGCGAGGCACAACAAAUAUUUAAUGAGAUGGAAAAGCUUGGAUGUCUGCCUUCAGUUGUUACAUUUAAUGCUCUUAUUGACGGACUUUGUAAGUCUGGUCAGCUUGAGGAAGCAAAGAUGUUGUUUUACAACAUGGAGUUAGGAAGAAAUCCUUCAUUGUUUCUUCGUCUUUCUCAAGGCAGCAAUCGGGUUAUUGAUAGUGAUAGUCUUAAAAAGUUGAUGGAGCAGUUAUGUGAGUCAGGAUUAAUUCUUAAGGCCUACCAAAUUCUCAUGAAGCUAGCUGAAAGUGGGGUUGUUCCAGAUGUCACAACGUACAACAUUUUGAUAAAUGGUUUUUGUAAGGCUGGAAACCCUAAGGAUGCUAUGAAGCUUUUCAAGGACAUGAAACUCAAGGGGUUGUCCCCAGAUUCUGUUACUUACGGAACACUUGUAGAUGGAUUUCAAAGGAUUGGUAAUGAAGAAGAUGCUUCUCUGGUCUUUGAUCUAAUGUUGAAAGACGGGCAAUAUAGCUCUGCAGUUUAUAAAUCAUUUAUGACUUGGUUAUGCCGGAAAGGGAAGGUCUCAUCGGCUUUAAGUUGUUGGUUGGAAUAUCAGGGAAAACUUCCUGGAAGGGACAAAGAAUCACUCAAAGCAUUUGAGGACCAUUUUAAGAAUGGAAAGAUUGACAAGUUAAUUCAAGGCUUGCUUGAGCUGGAUUUUGGGUUGAAAGAAUUUGAUUUAGCACCCUAUAUGAUUUUGCUCAUCGGAUUGUGUCAAGCGAGAAGAGUAGAUGAAGCUUUUACAAUAUUUUCUGUUCUCAAGGAGUGGAAGAUUAAUGUAACUCCCCCAAGUUGUGUGAAGUUGAUUUAUGGUCUCUGUGAAAAAAGGAAUUUGGACUCAGCAAUUGAUGUUUUCCAUUAUACAUUGGAGAAAGGUUUCAAGUUGAUGCCUCAAAUUUGGAAUCAGCUGCUCAAGUGCCUUCUUUCUUCCCAUGAUAAAAAGAAUUGUGCUCUUGAACUCAUUAGUAAGAUGGAGUCCGCAGGAUAUGAUCUGGAUGCCAAUCUUUAUCAAACUACUAAGAUUCUUCUAUAUAGUCAUUUGAACACUCAGUGGAAAAGACCAUUGACAUAUCUAUGAUAUCAUUACAGUUUCUGUGGCCCAUCUUUCAGUUCCUAUAUAUACGACAAGCUGCAAAUAUUGAUGCUAUGCUGUUUUUGUUGGUUUCCCUCCUUUCUGGUGAAAACGAAGCAAAGUAAUGAGGUGCUGAUUCCUUGUGGUAUUGCAGGUGAUAUUGUUGAGGAAAGCAAAUACUAAUUGUUGUGGUUCAACUUCUCCAUUAAAAGAAUCAAUAGGACACAGUAAGGCUGUUGUUAUGCAUGUAAUUGGACAAGGUUAUUAAAUUCAUAAUAGCAAUGGCAGCAGCAGCUGCAGUUGCAGUGGCAGAAACAAGCUGCCCAUGUAACAGCAG